AACAAAAGCAGAGAAAGAGAAGAGGGCAGUUUUUGUUUUGGGAACAGGCAGGAGAAGAGAGAGUCUCUGAGGAUUGUGUGUGUGCGCGUGUGCGUGGGCCUCACGUUUUCUCUGCUGGGACUCUUCUCAGGCUGUUUACUUCUGUCAGUAUCGGUGCGGUUUAGGAUGGAUGCCAUGAUGCUGCAAGAGAAACUGGUGGAACAACUGCUGUGCCCACGAGUGAGAACCGCCAGGCAGAAGGAAAAACAGUAUGUGGGUUUUGCAACACUGCCCAACCAGGUCCACAGGAAGUCUGUGAAGAAAGGCUUUGACUUCACUCUCAUGGUGGCAGGAGAGUCUGGUAUGGGUAAAUCUACUCUGGUCAACAGCCUUUUCCUCACAGAUCUCUACAAGGACAGAAAGCUGCUGAAUGCUGAGGAGCGUAUUAAUCAGACUGUAGAGAUCAUCAAGCACACUGUAGACAUUGAGGAAAAAGGAGUCAAGCUCAAGCUGACCAUCGUGGAUACACCAGGGUUUGGAGAUGCGGUCAACAACAACGAGUGCUGGAAGCCAAUCACAGACUACAUUGACCAACAAUUUGAGCAGUACUUCAGAGAUGAGAGUGGACUGAACAGGAAGAACAUCCAGGACAACAGAGUCCACUGCUGUCUCUACUUCAUACCUCCGUUUGGUCACGGGCUGCGUCCGGUGGAUGUGGAAUUCAUGAAGGCUCUACAUGAAAAGGUGAACAUAAUUCCCCUCAUCGCCAAAGCCGACUGUCUCACGCCAGUUGAGAUUAAGAAGCUGAAAGACAGGAUACGGGAGGAGAUCGAUAAGUUUGGCAUCAAGGUGUACCAGUUCCCAGAGUGUGACUCUGAUGAGGAUGAAGAGUUUAAGCAACUUGACAAAGAGCUGAAGGAGUGCACCCCGUUUGCAGUGAUUGGCAGUAACACAGUGGUGGAGGCUCGAGGGCAGAGAGUGAGGGGGAGACUUUACCCCUGGGGGAUCGUUGAAGUGGAAAACCAGUCACACUGCGACUUUGUGAAGCUGAGGAACAUGCUGAUUCGAUCGCACAUGCACGACCUCAAGGACGUGACCUGUGACGUGCACUACGAAAACUACAGGGCACAGUGCAUACAGGAGAUGACCAGUAAACUGGCUCAGGACAACCGGAUGGAGAGUCCCAUUCCCAUCCUGCCACUGUCCACUCCUGAUGUGGACACAGAGAAAUUAAUCAAGAUGAAAGAUGAGGAGCUGAAGAGGAUGCAGGAGAUGCUGAAUAAGAUGCAGCAGCAGAUGCACGAGAAGGACCAGUGAAGACUCUCCAAGCAAACCUGUGACACAGCGCCACCUGCUGUCUCUAACGUGAAUGACUGCGUGACCUUCAGACCUCAAAGAUGACAACAAAGCGUGGUGUUUGAGGAAACUGGCUGUACAUUUAUAUCUUCAGUUUGGUGCUUUGUAUAGUUUGUCUGCCUGGAAAAAUUUUUCCUCUCAAACUAUCUGUUUGCCCACUUUGAGCCCUUUGCUGUUGUUUAACAGUCUUUACGGAUAUAAUAUAAAAUGCUUAAUUUAAAUUACUACUCAGUGUAUCUAAUUUAUAAAUGCAAUGCUAAACAUUUUGAAUAUUUUAUCAGGGUAUGAACAUGUGUGCUGCAAGUUGUUUUGGAAUAAAUAUAUGUUUACAUGUUUAGAUUUGGACAUGGAUAUUGUUUUUAUUGUGUGUGUGUGUGUGAGAGAGAGAGAGAGAGAGAGAGACAGACAGUGGAGGUCUUGAGUUUUGUUUCCUUCAUGAAUUUUCCUCCUUUGAUAUCUCCAGGUAUCCAUAACGUUUGCAUUUUUUCCUGCAAAAGUGCCGCAGUAACUUAUUGUACAUUACUUAAAUCAAGUGGCUGCCCUCUGAUCAUCAUGUUUUGUGUUUUUCUUACAUGGCAAAUCAAAAUAACCUCUUUCAGCAUUUUGUGGCUGAACUGAAAAUCUGCUAUUUGCCCGUGGCUGACUGUGACAUAAAGGAAGGUUAAGGUGGCAUUCAGGGUGCAUGUGCAGGCACGCUGCCAGUACUCAUACUUGCUAAAUGCUGUGGAUUCAUUCUUACUGCUUUGUAGCCCUGCUUGUAUUAAAACGUAUUAUGACCUUUGCCUUGUUGCCACUAUGGGACAGCAGAAAUACAUCAAAAUGAGGAGUAAAUACUGCAUCUUCUGUUUUACCUGUCUGUAUUUGGAGGUACAUUUCUGUAUUCUUUGUUGUAAAGUAACUCACAUGCAUCCUCUGUGUGAGUUAGAUGUGUGCAGGUUUGUGUGAGGAGAGUACAUGCGUUACCUGAAGGCCAUGAUCUCAGCCUGUGCCCAUUUAUAAAAGUGAAGCAAAUAAACAUUUGUUUAAUGUC